UACCGAUUUAAUCGCGCGAAAUUUUUCAUAGAUCCGCCUUUGAAGUUUAUAACCGGUUCCAUCCAGUGGCAAACAGGUAAACAUAGUCUCAAUCUAACGGUUCAGGGUGAUUAAACGCUUAUUUUAUUGAAACAAUUUCAUUUUAUAUCAGGUUUUGACAAAAAAAAACCCCAAAACAAAAUCCGAUUUGCAAAAUUUUUAGGUGACGAGGUCAACAUUUUAGGUACACGUGUGCACGUGCUAAGUAAACCCCCUGUGUUCGCUUGCAUUAAUCAAAACAAUUGAUGUUUUGACACACAAACAUGUGGUAUUUGUAAAACACACAUUCUGGUAUAGAUCCAGUGGUCUUGUUUUUAAUUAAUACAAACACCACAACAAAGAAAACUAUUUCAUGAAUGGAUUCGAGACUAUUAUCGCAAUGCAUUGUGGUAUAGCAGUAUAUAAAACUGGCGCUCUGCCUUCACCCGGCAAGGUGAACUCAUGAUGACAGGUUAUAACAAUCACCAAACGGAAUUGGAUUUGAAUAAUCUCCACAAGGAAAUAACCGAAAAAUUACAGGUAAAUGGUAGGGUAAAGAGAAAAACCAGACAUAGGGCUGCAAAAAGUCCUCCGGAUGGAAGCUCGCCAUCUUCCCCUUCAUCUCCACGGACAGGUAAAUGUGGAAGGCCAGCCAAUCCAAUCCCCAGACACAAACGAGACUCGCACAUCAAGGCGGAACACAAGCGAAGGGACAAAAUACAGAAAGGAUUUGAAAGUUUAAGGUCUUUGGUUCCCUCUCUUGAAGAUGUGUCUGAAAAGGAAAGCAAAGCUGUUAUGCUGUUUAAAACGGCUGAAUACUGUCGGCAACUUAAGGGCCAAUGUAGGGGGCUCACCGAUGAGGCGGCUGCUUUGCGGCAAGAAAUCCAGUCCGUGGGUACUCAAAUUCAUGACCUUCAGCAGGAGCUUCCGGUGACUGGUGUAGACGCAGUAGAGGAACCCCCUAGUACAGAUAUCGACCAGCUAUAUCAGCAGUAUGUGGCCUCACAGACCAAGAAAAACUGGAAAUUCUACAUCGUAUCCUGCUCACACUUUGUGUCUGAAUUUGAUAGCCAUUUCCUCUCGUCCCAAAAAUUAUGUUUUUUAGGCAUUUUCUCCUUUAAUCAGAGAUUUUCAUUUAACACAUUGUUUAGCUUUAUGCUGAAGCCACUGUUUGAGUCCUUUAAAGUUAUGGUCACUACGACAACCUCAGAUGACUUUUCCCAUUCUGUCAGCAACUGGGUCAAAGAAAAACUUGCUCUUCCAAAUCUUCGGAUAGAAUUUCUGAAUUGCUUAAGAACAGUCAGCAAGAACACCAAAAUCAUGGAUGCCCCCGAACUGCUACCAGUGGAAGCCCAUUUGAGUUGUGCUGACAAGUUGUGCACACUUUCGGACAUCAAAAUGGAGGCAGUACACACGCCCUUGACCAUUGCUACACCAGUGAAUAACAGCCCUCCCCAGCUCCCAUCGCAAUCGAAUGUGUGGGUCAGCUCAGUCUUGUCAACAAACACGGACCUGUCCACUACCUAUUCCUCAGGGAAUUCGAUGAUGUCUUCCAGCAUCGUUUCGGAUAACUGCGCCCUGCCGCAGGCCCUGACUGAAGCUACCAUGUGCACGGACUCUCAGGAACUUCCUCUUGGUCCUCUAGGGGACAUCCCACUCCCAACCUGUGAUUCCGAGAUGUCCAUUGUGGACUCUCUACUUAACAAUCUGGACAGUUCUGACUCUCUCCACCAUCUCUUGUCUGACCAACCGGUCUCCCUAAAUGACAUUACCCCCACCCCCAUCACAGAGGGGUUCAUAACCCACAGUCAGAAUCCAUAUACGCAGACUUUUACACCACAUCAGGGACAUCAGAAUGCCCAUUAUUCACUCUGACACAUCUUUUUUAGCUCAACUUAAUGAGCUUUUCUGUUGUUGUAUAAAAAAAAAUUCAUUUCAGUUCCAUAUUUGAGUAGAUGUACCAUUUUGACUGUUUAUUAUCUUGCUGGUGUUUGCUUUCACCUUGAUUAAUCCAUGCUUACAAGUUUUUUCAUUGCAUUUCUUGUUUGUGCUUUUUUAUCGAGAAUAGGGAUCGAUGUUGCACUAUUGCUUAUCCGUGAUAAUGUAUUAUUGAUGCUUAAUUACAGUAUUUACACAAAGGCCUUUCAUCAAGUGUGGCAUUACUGUAUUUAAUUGUUGUUUUAAUUUUCAUUGUAAGUGGUCCAUCCGGGAUGUACAUGUUUGAUAGUUAUAUAAGUAUUACAAUACAUAAUGAAUAUUUAGUUUAAUUGUUAUUUCCUGAAUGAGUUUACAUAAUUUCUUUUAAAAACUUUUUUGCAGCAUUUUAUACAAGUAUUGGGGAAACAAAGUUGUUCAAAAUAUAGAAUACAUGUAGCUGAUUUUUGAUAGGAUAAUUUAGAAAGCUUUUGUAUAAUCUGUGUUUACACUGACAGACCAAUGAUUUUGUGAAAUUAAUUGUGCCUUGCUUCCAAUGAUAUACUAUAUUUGACGUGUUCAACGUAAAUUGCCAUGUGAAAUCAUAUGUUCAAAUCAAUUGUUCUUCCAUUUCCUUUAAGUGAUUGUAAAGGGCUUUAUAUGCUUGUAUGUUUUGUAAAAAAUAAAUAUUUUCCUUCCCAGAAA